UGCUUUAUCUUUGAACUGUUUAUACAUUUCCUAUCACACACAUUCUGUGGAGCCUGCGGAGGAACAUGAUAUGUUUCUUUAGGACCACCAGUGUCAAAGCUCCUGCAACCUUUGGAAAUCAGCAAUUCUUUUCUGAUUUUGUCAGGAAACAUCUCUACAGUGUAAGCCAAUCACUCAGCCCAUGUAAAGGAUGGUAGGAGAGAAUCUGUUGUUGCCUGUGAUACUAAUGUCUGUGCUGACAUCGUAUGGACAGCAAUUGGCAGAGGAUUCCUGCACUGUUCAGAUUCUGGUUCCUGGACUCAAAGGAGAACCAGGAGAGAAGGGAGUAAAAGGAGCACCAGGACGACCAGGCAGAGUCGGACCUGCAGGAGAGACUGGUCAACCUGGACUCAAAGGUCAGAAAGGCAUUAUGGGACGUUACGGAAAAGUGGGUCCAAGUGGAAUGAAAGGGGUGAAGGGAGACAUGGGGGAUCCAGGUCCGAGAGGCCCUAAUGGAGAUGCAGGUGUUCCGUGUGAGUGCACGCCGAUGAGAAAAUUGAUCGGAGAGAUGGACAUUCUAGUGGCGCAGCUCUCCUCUGAACUGAAAUUUAUUAAGAAUGCACUGCCCUCCCCUGCAGCUGUUGCUGGCAUAAAAGAGACAGACAGUAAGGUGUAUCUGUUGGUGAAGGAGGAGAAACGCUACGCAGACGCUGAGCUCUACUGCCAGACGAGGGGAGGGCACCUGGCUAUGCCCAAGGAUGAGACAGCCAAUGCAGCCAUCGCAGGGUACAUUACAGAGGCGGCCCUGAGUAGAGUCUACAUCGGGAUCCAUGACCAGCAGCGUGAAGGCGUGUUCACCUACGCCGAUCUCUCUCCCAUGACAACUUUCAGCAAAUGGAGAAAAGGAGAGCCCAACAACGCCUAUGAUGAUGAGGACUGUGCUGAGAUGGUGGCCUCAGGGGAGUGGACGGAUGUGGCGUGCAGCCCUACCAUGUAUUUUGUCUGUGAAUUUGACAAAGACAGUAUCUGAGAUCAGUCUGUGUUGAAGAUACUGCAUGAAAAUGGACAAUAUAACAAAAAAGGUCAACUUGUGCUUUAUCUUUUCUCUGUAAAUAGGACGACAAAAUGACAUACAAGUUGUGCAAACUAGUAUACUUUACACUCCUCAAGCUAUUUAUUUUCUUACCCACAAAAUAUUUAGAGUUUUUGUUCUUUUAUGAGGAUAAUACUUUUUUUUAAUACUCUACUUAUCUUCAACCCUGAGAUUUAUUGGAGCUCCUGGCAGAAUGGAAGCCAAUGCACCAAGAAUAUAUGAGACAUAAACUAUCCACUGAGCAUUAUGCAGCAGUGCCAUCAUCAAACAUGAGAGCUGUAGUUUGUGCAUAAGAUAUGAAAUAACAGAAAUAUUUUGCUUCCAGUUGGGUGCUGCUAAGUGAUGAAGAUGAAUGCAAUAUUCACAGUUGCAUAACUUAUGCAGCAAUUGCAAAAUAAAAGUUCACUCCUAAAAUAAUAAA